CUCUGGGGACUGUGCUGGAAAAGAUGGAGUCUGCGAAGCUUCAGCUGGAGUCAUACACACACACACUGGCAGUGCUGCUCAGCAAAUUAGAAGAGGACUCGUCUCUGGACAAGUUCGACCUCAUUCUGAACGAGACGGCCACCCGCCUGCUGAUCCUGAAGGGCAGCGUGGAGAGUUCGGCUCUGUCCGGGAAGAUCCAGACCCUGCGGACCGCCUCCCAGGAGCAGAAGAGCCAGGUGGCCCGAAUGGACCAGGACCUCCAGGAGAUCCGGGAAGAGAGGGCCAGCCUUCAGGAUAUUGUGCUCAACCUCCCCAAAUCCUGCCCUUAACACAAGACCCUGUGACAGCCGCCAGCACACUGUAUCAUCCCAGCAUUAGAGUUUAUGAGAUAUAAUGGUCAUAAUUUAGUUCCAGGCCACUUGUAUGCACAGUUUUAUUUUUGUACCUUUUCUGCGAGGUCCUUCUUGUUUACAGAUGCACAAAACAUAAGGUGUAGUGACAAAGGAGAAACGUUUUCAGAUAAACUAUUGACUAUAACUAUACCAAAGAGCUCAUUCCAAUAAAACAUAUAACUAAG